AUGGAUGCAACAUGCCUCAGUUUUGAGCUCUUUGCUAUAUGCGUCAAAGAGUAUGCCCGGCUGACCAAAGCUCUAGCAUACAAGCUUCUGCUGGAGGCUUCUGACAUGCCCAAGAGUCUCCGGUAUCUGCUUGUGCGACUUCGUAUGGAACGUGACAAGCUUCUGGACUGGGGCGUGCUAGCGGAUCUCUCUGAAGACGAGCGAACACUCAGCUCAGGCCUACAACUUCACAAGCAUGUGGUCAAUGAUACCUUACAGGAGAUCAAGAUCGUCCUCAUUGAACUCACAAAGCUGAGCGAUAGGCACAACACGGAAAUGGUCGGUGGAGAAUAUGCAGAGAGAGCUGUUGAUGAGGACGCCGAGGUGAACUCUUCGCACAGCAAUCUACUACUGCACAAGAAGGCAGUGGACUUCGUUGCAAAGACACGAAGAUUUCCCGGCCGGAUCAGAUGGGCGUCUUUCGACAAGAAGGACUUUGAGACACUAUUGUCCAAGCUCACUACCCUCAAUAAGAGCAUGACGUACCUCUUCGAACGACACCAACGGGAGCGUCAGUUGCAAUUGCAAGAGAGCUCUUAUAUGGGGAUUCUCCAGGCCAACAACAAACUUGACGAUUUGCUUGCACUGAUGGCCUCGUUGGGCAAUCUGAAAGAGGGAAAUCAUCUACAGCAGCUGACCCGCUUUAAGGCUUUCAACGUCGCUGUCGAAACUGGGCAAUCCGGUGUUCUAGAACUCUCGGAUGGAAGUAAGCCCUUGCUUGAAUUCAGAAAGCUGUCGCUGGGCGAAGAAGAAGAAGAAGCUGAAGAGUUGCCCGCUCGUUCGCCAGGAGAAUAUGAACAGAGACCAGUAUGGGCAGAAUGGAAGUACUACGAGCCCAUCGGUGAAGACGACAAGGCACCCGAUUUCGUUCCUGACCGUUUAUCGAAACUGGCAAGGCUGCUACAAGAUGAUAACAAGCCGAAGGAGUGCCGCAUACCCCGUUGCUUGGGGUACGUCCAUGACCAAGAUAAUUAUCGCUACGGAUUCGUCUUCCAUGGUCUAGCCGACGCAGGCGAGGCCUUACCACUGUCUCUCUUCGAUCUCCUGCUAUCGAUGCCAAAGCCGUCAUUGACGUCGCGACUGGCAGCAGCUCGCGCGAUCGCUACCUCGCUCUGGUACCUGCACGCCACGAAUUGGCUUCACAAGGGCCUGCGCAGUGAGAACGUCGUCUUCAAAAUCCCUGAUCCGAAAUCUCCAUCAACUGUCGAGCCUUUCCUGGCCGGUUUUGAAUAUUCCCGGCCAGCUGACCCCAGCGAGGUCACUGAGAUGCCGAGUGAGAAUCGACUGCAUGACCUGUAUCGUCAUCCUGCGACUCAGUUCAACGUUCCCAGAGACGGGCGCCAAGGCUUCAAGAAGAUCUAUGAUAUUUACAGCCUCGGAGUCGUGCUCUACGAGCUAGGAAUGUGGAAACCCGUCCACGCAAUCCUGGGCAUCCAGCUCGAAGGGGGCAUCCGGUCCGCCGCCGUCAAGGGUGCUAAGGCCGCGUUGCUAGGGAAAGAAAACUUGCAAGCUCUCGAAGCGGAAGUCGGUGGCAUCUUCACGGCAGCUGUCCAGAGCUGCCUGGCUGGGGACUUUGUGCCUAGCGGUGAGGGUGACCAUGUUGACGAGGACGCCCGGCUUCAGACUGAAUUUGGAGAACGAGUGAAACUGAAGACUUACAGAACUCCAACCCCUCCGACACAGGACGGAUACAAGGCACUCUUCUUCGGGGUUCUCGCAUCGUGCCGCCAAAACGGACGAUCAUACGGCAGAGAUUCCAGGCAUGAUAUAACAGUGAGGAUGGGCUACGCUAUAGGAAUCGAUAUCGGCACGGCGAACACCCGCGUCGCGGUCUUUCGCGACGGCCGUGUCGAGGUCAUUCCUGACAAGGACGGCCGGUAUUCCAUGCCGUCCUACGUUGCAUUCACAGAGAGAUGCCGUCUCUUUGGGAGCGCCGCCAAGGCACAGGCCGCUUCCAACCCCGAGAGCACCGUGUAUGGUGUCAAGCGCGUGCUGGGGCAGCGUCUGGAGCAGUGGCAGGUGGACAGAUACGCAAGAAUCUCACCCAAUGAAGUCUCGCUGAAAACGCCUGAGCAGAUGACCAUCUCCGUGAGCUACAAGAAACUUCCGCACCGUCUGUCCCCCGUGCAGGUGCUUGGGAUGCUGGUCGCGCGGGCUCGGGCAAAUGCAGAGGCCUAUCUAGGCGAGCCGGUCAAAAAUGCAGUCAUAAGCGUGCCAGCGCAUUUCGACAGCGGCCAGAGACAAGACGUCUGUGAUGCGGCCUUGUUAGCUGGUGUCAAUAUACUGCACUUAGGCACAAGUAUUGAGUCGAUUGCUCAGUAUUACGCCUUCACCACUCAACGGGAGGAUUUGAACGAGGACGAGAACCCCUGUGUGUUUCUGGAUUUCGGCGCCGGCUUCUGCAAUGUUGGAGGCGAAGAUCUGAUCGACCGCAUCCAUGACCACUUCGCUGCCGAAAUAUGGAGGAAGUGGGGCUGGGAUAUCAACACGGAUGUACGAGCCCGGCGUCGCCUGAGGGUGGCUUGCGAGGCCGCAAUGAGAGAAUUGAGCUCGAUUACAUCUGCUCAGAUCUACAUCGACUCACUCUAUGGCAGCCAGGACUUCGCCGGACAUCUUUCUCGGGAGAAGCUGGAAGAACUGUGCCAGGAUCUCUUCCACGCGACGAUUACUCUAGUCGACCGUGUGCUUUACAAGACGAGGUGGGACAAUUGUUCUGUCAAGAACAUUGUCAUAGUGGGCGGCUGCUCACGUAUUCCAAGGCUACAGAAGGUCUGGUCCAACUACUUCAAUUCAAAACCCUUGGUUAAGGUGGUGAAUCCAGACGAGGGGGAGGUCCUCGGAAGUGCUUUGUUGGCCACCGUACCGUUCAAUGUCGGGGUAAAAACAAAAGAAGGAAUCAUGCGCACAUUGAUCCAUCGCAACCAACAGUGCCCGGUAAAGUAUUCCAAGAAGUUCCAGUUGUCUGACUUCGACCUAAAGCCUCACGAACGCCCCAUCUUGCAAUUCUACCAGGGCAAUAGGCAAAGAGCCAGAGAUAACCUCCUCAUUGGCACGCUGGACCUUUCCGAACUCCUACCUAGCUGGAAUGACAGCGACUGCAAGACCAAGAUAGAAAUCAUAACAGAGCAUGACCAUCGGCACCAAGUGACGGCAAGCGCGGUCCUGGAGGGAAAGCCGAGUACCCUGACAGCGUGGCAGACGAUGGUGCCCAGAAACCAUGAGGUGCUAGGAAGCCUCAUUGCCCAAGGUCGGUCCUACAAAGAGGACGACGCCAUGGAGGAGACAAGGGUCGCAGAGCGGUGCGCUCUCGACCUGCGCCUCGCAUCUCUGGCCGAGUUCCAGCCACCUGCUGUUCAAACAAAGAGGAUGGUGAGCCUACUCGAGUCACUGGGUCUGUUGCGGAAUUGGCUGGACGAGCUCGAGUGUGGGAGCCUCGCCGACUAUCGCUCAUGCCACAGGUCGCUUGACGACCUAGAACGAGACCUGAAGAUUGAAGAAUUAAGAGGGAGGGAAAUUACCGGGCUUCGAUCCCAUGCCGAUGAGCUACGUGCGAAAUUGCUGGCGACGACACAAACGCCCAAGAUCGGGUCCUUACUGCAGUCGGUUGACAGCGUCACACAGUGGGUAGAGAACAAUGAGCAGGCCGAGAUCCAGGAAUAUCAGAAUAGGCUACGCUUGCUGAUGGCCGUCUCUGUGGAGCUGAUUACCCUGAGCGAAGCUCCACCGAGUCGAGAGUCUACACCAAGUAUUCGGUCACCCCAGCAUCCCGACACCGGUCCACGAGCCCAAGCGAACGGUCUUAGAAGUUUCGACGAGCUGUUUCCCGAAUCUGGAUGGGAUACCAAGUCGAAGUUCACCGACGCCGAGUUCGAGGGGAUUGCCUCGUAUCUCCGGAACACAGGUCACCAGAGCUGGAGCAAGGUGCCAAGGAUAUACUCUGUGCUACGUCUUAUCGACCAUGUGGAGCUAGUCGAAGCCUUUCUGCAGCGUGACAUGACAGACAUUUGGUUUCCUUUCUCAGACAACACCCUUCCCAAGGCGCUAAAGCAGCCGUACCGGACCCAGUUCCUCCACGCCCAGGAGGCCGUCUUCUCUAAGGCGCUCGAGCUUGAGAGGGGCACCAGGCUCGACGACAAGAAGUUGCACCGCAGGCAUGCGCACUUUUCUCACGGGGAGCCCCUACCAUUCACGGUCACCGCUGUCCUGGGAAGUGGUGCUCACGGGUUUGUCGACAAGGUCGUAAGCACGUUGAGCUAUAGAGAGUAUGCUCGCAAGCGGUUCAAGAGAACUGCUAUCAAUAAGAAAGACGUGAGGACUUUCCUUAACGAAGUCAAGAUUCUCAAGACACUGAACAACAGGCAUUGCAUUGAUAUGGUCGGCAGCUACUCUGAUCCCCGGUACUUUGCCCUGAUAAUAAGUCCGGUGGCCGAAUGCAACCUGGACAAGUACUACUCUCUAGCCCUAGCCGACAUGGACAAGCGAUCCAUCUUGCAGGGAUUCUUCGGUUGUCUAGCAGGCACGCUGGACUACCUGCACAGCCAGAAGGUGGUUCACCAAGACAUCAAGCCCCAGAACAUCCUUGUCAAGGAUAACAGCCACGUGCUCGUGACUGACUUCGGCAUCGCGCGCAGCUGGGAAGGGCUGGGAAGAGCGACGACCACGGCGGACCUCGACCGGACUUGGCUGUACGCCGCCCCUGAGGUGGCGCGUGGCGGGCCUAAGAACGAGACGGCCGACGUCUGGUCCCUCGGUUGCGUCUUCCUCGAGAUGUGCACCGUGCUCAAAGGUCGGUCGCCCGCCGAGAUGCGGGCCUUCUUCAAAGACCACUCCGACAGCACUAGUUUCCACGACAAUGCCGCGGCGGGGCACGUCGCCAGCUGGGUCAAGUCCCUGCGGGAGCACCCAGACUCCGAGCCCAAUCCGGCCCUGGAAUGGGUGGAAGGUAUGCUCCUGGUGGAGCCGCUCCAUCGCUGCAGGCCUUUUGAGCUCUUCGACAGGACGGUAGUCACGUCGGAGAGAACCGGGGUCCUCUUCUGCGGCGCUUGCUGUCGGGACCGCGGCGAGUCGGCUCCUGAAAGUAACGACGAGCAUCUGGAUCGUUGGAGUGAGGGUGAUGAGGAUGCAUAA